GGGCGGGGGGGUUGAGCGGUGCGGCGGCGCGGUGGUGGGGCCGCGCUGCGCCUGAGUGCCCGGGUUCGCUCAGCCGCGGCGGCUGCUGCGCUCGCCCAGCCGAAAGUAAUCCUUCGUCUCGCUGGAAUUUGUAUUCGCUGACCCCAGCGGGCGCCUCAGGAGCUGCCCCACCCCCGCCGCGGGAGGCACUGCAACUUGCCAGCAGUUUAUAAAAAAAAAAAAAAAACGCAAAACUGUCCUAAAUGCGGCCGCGGGUCGGGCCGCAGACUUCGGCGCUAAGGCGACUGAUUUUGGAAAGAGGAAGUAGUAGCGUGCAGGAAACGGCAGCAGGUAUCUUGGCCGCCUCCAGAGAGACGCGGCUGCAUGCUCUGCAUAUGUGGUAGUUGAAAUUUCAAAAGUGCAAGAAUUGCCAGUUGCUGUAUUUCCAAAAUGGUACGACAAUUUAGCAUUGGUGUUUCUGAGAGCAAGAUGGUGGAGAGGCUGAAAAGGAUAACAUGGUAUUAUCUUCGGGAUGGACUCCGUGGAGACUUGGAAGUACCUGUCUGUAUGGAUUUGACUGCAGACCAGUAUUAAGACAUGUGCUUCUGAACUUGUGAUCCAGAUUUUGAAGGUCACUGGCAUACUUCUGCAAAUUACUUAUUGCCCAGUUCCAGUUAAUGUCAUGUAUAUGAGACAGCUGAAAUGGAUUUUUUUGUCCCUCCUUGUAUUUUCUGUCAUAGCAAUAUGGUAUAUAACUUUUUUCUCAAACACUGUGAUUGAGCAUACAAACUCAAUGUAUUUUUAUGAAUAUGAACCAAUUUACAAGCAACAUUACCUCUUCACUUUGCGGGAGCGCUUGAAAUGCGAAGACAUAAAUCCAUUUCUAGUCAUCUUGGUGUCUUCAGAACCUAAGGAUGUGAAGUCAAGGCAGGCCAUAAGAAUUACAUGGGGAUCUAAAAACUUCUGGUGGGGACAUCGAGUUUUAACUCUUUUCUUAUUAGGUCAUGAAAUUCACAGAGAAGACAAUUCUGCAUCAUUAUCAGUAGAAGAUGAAAGCAUUCUGUAUGGUGACAUAAUUCGCCAAGAUUUUAUGGACACGUAUGACAAUCUUACCUUGAAAACAAUCAUGGCAUUUAGAUGGGUAACUGAAUUUUGCUCAAAUGCUAGAUUCCUCAUGAAGACUGAUGCUGAUGUUUUCAUCAACACGGGUAAUUUAGUAAAAUUUCUUCUAAAGCUGAAUUCCUCUGAAAAUAUUUUUACUGGUUAUCCUCUAAUAGAUAAUUUUGUCUACAGAGGCUUUUACAAAAAAACUUAUAUCUCCUAUGAUGAAUAUCCAUUCAGGUUGUUUCCUCCGUAUUGUAGUGGAAUGGGUUAUAUAUUGGAUGGGAAACUUGCUCUGAGGAUCUAUGAAUUGAUGAGUCAUAUCAAACCUAUUAAAUUUGAAGAUGUUUACGUUGGAAUUUGUUUAAGUAUACUUAAAGUGAACAUCAGAAUUCCAGAAGAUAAACAACAAUUCUUUCUUUAUAAAAUUAACUUUGACAUUUGUAAGUAUAGACAUUUGAUUGCAGUACAUGGUCUUACAUCAAGUGAAAUAAUCAGGUUUUGGCAAGAUUUGUCAUCAGACACUUCAUUUAAUUGCCUUUGAUAUGACUCAUCUUAAACCUUUGAAUUUCAGUGUAAAAAUAUUUAAGAUUUGGGGAACACCAGAUAAAACCACAGUUUUAGAAAUUGCUGCCUAAAGGAGGACUACUCUACUGCAAGGGCAAAAAUGCUCUGGCAGCAUUUCACUGAGGCAUUGUCAUACUCUUAAAUGAGAAGAUCAGGAAUUCACAAAACACCUUCCUCCUAUGUAUCCCGUGCAUGUAGGCAAAUUUGGAAUACUCUGUCUUGGCUCCCUCUGUCUCCAUGCAUUUCAUUGUAACCACAGGAUUUCUACCUGAUUCUUCUGGGAUUUGUUAAAUCUCACCAACAAAUAAUGUUUCUUCUGAGAAACUAUCUUUGAUGGUGCUUCCAAAUUCCUGGCUAACAGGACUUUUUUGUUGGUGGUGUUUUGCAAACCGUCUUCCUUUGUCACACUCAAGAAAUGUAUGUUUGCUGCUCAGCAUGAGCAGAGUUAGUUAAAUGGAGGUAGUUUAAAAAACCCUACCUUCUUAUGUAAAUGUAUCAUCACCUCAGUGAUGCUUCUGAUAGCGUAACAAGACUUAGGAACAUUAGAUCUUACUGACAUCUGCAGCAUCUGAUGGGGAAUUCUGAAAAAUAUAGUAUAUGCUGUGUGCGUGCAUGUGUGUGUGUGGUGUGUGUAUAUGUGUUUAUGUAUCUAUAAAGUAGCUGGCUUUGAUGUUUUAGGCAGUGUUGAUAAUAGUCAUAGUUUGAGGGCUACAUGCAGAAGAGUCCAUAUGCACUUUAGUUACUGUAUAGUUUUUAACAUAGCAAAAUCAUACAUAUGUAUAUGUGCUGAUGCAUCCCAAGAGGUAUUGGAAUCCAUGCAGGGAAAAUAAAACCAGAUGUAUUUAAAUGGUGACUUUAUAGUUGUUUCUAAAGCAGUUUUCUUGUUUCAGAUUUUAAAAUUUAAGAGUGAAAGUCCUGGAUUCUUAAAGACGACAAAUGCAACUAUAACUGUAAAGAUGGAUAUUUUAAUAACUUUAUUCAUAUCCGCAAGGCUAAAUUUUCAGUAGUUUACACUUCUAAUGGACAACAAUACAUAAUCUGUAAUUGCAUUAACAUAAUUAUUCUUGACACAUCUAUUACACACUGAAGAUACUAUAGUUACUCCUGUACAUCUAGAAUGACAGAGCACUGCCACCUUAUUUGUACUAAAGCUAAUAUGUUAUGAUAUAUUUACAUUUGGCUGUCUUUCAGGUAGUCUCUUAGAGACAAAUUAGAAGAAAUGCAGAAACCUCUAGUAGUAAGAUUGAGGUUUCACCCCUUUUUUUUGUUACAUUAUGAUUAUGGUCAGUAUUGAUUUUGCUGUCUUUUCAAUUACUGCACAUGGUUUUAUGAUGGUGUUACAGGACACGUUAGUUUUAACUAUAAAAAAUGAAGUCUUAGAGGAGAAUACCAUCAAAAUAAGCAUUUCAGAUUUCAGUGUUUUAAGAAUGUAUGUUAGAAAGGACAAAGUUUUCCAGAGAUGAUUUUUUUUUGGGAGGGGGGUUAAACUAAAUAGCUGAAAAAGCAGUAUUGCAUAAUUAAGGAAGGAAUGCUAUCGUAGUCCUAGAAACAGCUAGGACUACAACUAUUCUUAGGGUUUUAGGAUUUGUCAUUUGAUUAUUUUAGUAUUGUGAUCAGAUCUGAGAGCUCUGGGAAAAACAUUUAACUUGUCUUAUGAUUCUGUGUACAUCUUUAAAAAAAUCAAAUUUUUCUUAAGUCUGCCAUGAUAAAUGUUUGGAAAUAAUUAACAAGAAUACUACAGCAUAGUUUGUAUUGCUUUUUUAAAAAUUGUAUUAUGAAAGACUAUGUAAUUUUCAAAAAAAAUGUGUAUCUAUAAAGCAGACAGUGCUCCUGUUGAAAAAAUAAUGAGUAUCACAGAAAAAUGGCUGUGCAUUACUACAGUAAAAAUGCAACUGUCACCGAACAAGCUAUUUUUGUAUUCGCGUCCCAGAAUGGUAACACUGAUCAUAGAUUACAAGGCUUUUGUUUUCACAAAUGUAUGUUUAUACACAGUGAUCUGUUUAUGCCACUUGAAAUUGUAAUUUGGUGACAUAAACGCUGCAAGAAAGUUA